CGGUGUUAACGUCAGGCAGUAACAAAGUCCAAUCAGGUAAUCCCCACUGAGUAAACACUUCACUAUUGUACAGUAGAGGGCGGAAUACGAACACAGUACCUGUUUGAAAACUAGUCGCUUUAUUGAACAGUUUGAUGAAACGCCAUCAUUUGGAAGCAUCGAUAGAUUCAUCAGCGGAUGUUUGAGACGGGCGUUCUUCGUGACGCAACGCGCCGGCUGGACAUUGCUGGGCGGCCAAUAAGCUGUCUGUGAGUGGGAAGUGUGGGCUGGCCUAGUCUUAAAGGAAGGCACUCCAGCUUCCGAGAGUUGUGCUAAGCCUAUGCUGUGUUAUGGACUUGCUCGCCCGCUCUUAACACUGCAUCAAUACUAUCGCACAGACCGGGGGCGGCCGUGUUAAACAACCCAGCUUGGGUGCCUUGCUCAGUGACGGAACGAUAAGGCUUGAACGAACCUUGUAAGAGCUGGGCUGGCACAAUUUAUGAAAUAAAGUCGGAAAAAAAUUAAAGACGUAUUAGGCAGUUCUGUGAUAGCGAACAAGGAGUUUAAGUGAAAAGACAGUAAAGAUCAAAGAAACUUGAUUACAGGUAUGGAUUCCCAACAUUCGUGGUGCAUCUCCUUCACAGCAUUGAUCUACCUGGCGCUCCUUCUUCAACCUGCAACAGGGAAAUGCGUUGGAAAAUGGGCGAUACAUUCAUGUUUUGGAGGCAAUGGAAAGAGGUCGGACCCAAACAUCGCCCAGACAAUAGACACCCAGAAACAGAGCAACUUGUUAAGGCAGCUUCUUUUACGUGAACGGUUUUCCCCCUCCGUUGGAUUAGAUAUGAACGAAGAACAGAAUGGAGAUGACUUAGACAGUUUUCAGGAUGACAUUCCACAGAGACCCUCCGCGGAGAGACAGAGCGAUAUUGAUAGACUUAACAUCAUGUUAAGGACUUUGAUGCUUCAAAGAAAGCUGCGUCUGGCCGCUGAGGGUCUUGCCUAGGGCCCGAAUCUCGCCAACCAACAGCACAGCGUCACGAAAUCUCGGUCCGUUUCAAAAGCAAGUGCACUUUUUGAAAGAAAACGAUGAUGCCUAUGAACAGCUGAAGUCGGAACGAAUUUGAAAAUCAAUACUCCUUUUCAUUUUAACUCCUCACCACUAACGACCUGAGAAGCCGAAUCUUACAAACUUUAAAAGUCAGAUUUGAACAAUACCCGUGACUGAUUUUCUAACUCGACCAGCAUGAGAACUUUCAGAAAGGUUCAUCAAGGGAAAUUAGAAUGUGCGUUUGAUUUGAUCAUCAAUUAUUACAAUAUCAGAGCCUCUAACAUGGCUACACGUGUUCUAGCUGGUAUUCCAAUGAGCGAUCAAAGGAUUCUCCGAGGAAGCGCCAUUGACAAGACAGGAUAAAGAUGGCUAAUGACGGAUAUGGGGACACAAUUACAACACGAGGCGGGGGCCACCUAUUUGAUGUUGCAACAUUUAUCAUGUCAUUUACCUUCAGAUUUAUGAACUAUUUUGAGUUCGUUUCUUGACGUUAUUACAUCCAGAGGUGAACAUUUUCAACAAAACGGAACUGGCAUACAGAAAGAACAACGUUUCCAGAAGGAUCCAUUUGAUUCGAAAACCUGUUCUCAAUAUAACUCUAAUCAACUUUUUAUUCUGGAAUCACAAGGAAGGAGAAAGUUAUUACAAUAUGGUUUCUCUUUCCUAGUUUGAUCAUUGAAAUACUUGAUUACUAAAAAGAAAGUAAUCGAAAUAUUAACAUAAUGAUGCUCUAUGUUGAGACAAGUUAUGCUGAUUAUAUUCCACAUACAACUGCGAUCACUACCCAGAUGUAUGCACAAAAAAUACUAGAUAUUUUGACGAAUUCAAAAGUUUUGAACAGGAAAAUACCCUAAGAAUUUGCUGACACAAAUGCAUGGGUACAGAAAGAAGCUUAUAUACUGAACGAAAUUAUUUUUUUUAAAACUCUCUGCAUUGCAUUUUUAUGUGAAAUGUCCAUUCUGUUUGCAAAACUUUUAAAUCUGAAGUUUGAUGUUCGGUAACGUCUUUCUUUUGCCUCUGUUUCAAAUGCUGUGAUUGUUCUGUAUUCUUGAUCAACGGGUAUUCAAGUGACGAUGUCCAGAGGAAGUGGUUAUUUUAUAUAUCAGUAUACCCACACCGUUCUUUGUUUAAAGGCUCAAAUGAUGUGAUAUAGAUUUAACUGUCACUUGAAUGGCCGUUUAUAUAUGUCCUUUUGGUGGAUCUUGUAUGGAUAACGUUGAAAGAUGAAAUAAACAGUUCAUCUAUGAGACGGAUCGAGCCAUGUGACGUCA